AACCUGAAUUCCGUAACGAGUACACUGAAGGUUUGUAUCAUUUCCCUUUUUCUUAAAGAUUUAUUCAAUGAAAAAGAUAAUAGCAUAGUAGAUACGUAAUACCCGACCGGAGGGUUGAUGGCAAUAGUCGUUUUUGACAUUUCGAUGCGGUCACUAAUUUAAUAUCAGAAACAUCAACAAGUGAACAAAGCCCGCCAAGUUCGACGAGUUAUCGCGUUAAAAUUUGUGCGUUGUGAUUGAAUAUGUUGAGCUUUGUUCAUUUGUUGAUGUUUCUAAUAUUGAAUUAGUGAGGGAACCUAAAUGUCAAAAAUAACUAUUGCUAUGAACUUUUUUCGUGAGGUGGUCGCGUAUCACGUAAAACUGCUGUAUUGCUGUAAUUAUUCCUAUCUUUAACAGGCACAGGCACCGCUGGAAGUACAUCAGCUGGAUCUUCUUCCAACUCAAACUCUGGAUUUUGGACUGGUAAGUUUCUAAAUACUGCACACAUUUCGACUGAAAACUUUAAUAAAUUGCCCGAGUUGAACUCGAGAUGGCGACGUUUAAGGGGUGUAGUCCUAAGACGGUUCACUAUUACAGAUUACCAUUAGAAAUGUGAAGGGGAAUGGCGGGUGGAGAGGUUUCUGUCAUGCAUGCUUUUUGGGGUUCGCUUGGUGUGCAUGUUAAUGGUCCUUUCCUUACUGAAGGAAAGAGAAAUAUUAAAUGUAGAUCAUUAGCUUUUUUUACCCAUAUACAUCAAUCUGUUGUGAAAUUUGCAACAAGACCGCAGAUAAACGGAAAUUGAAUAAAUUGCAUUCAGUGGAUCAUAUUUUUAGGUCAAUAAUUAAUUGUACCAUUUUGUCCACUGCCACCAACGUUCCAGUAUUUGACCCGUAUAUAUACCUGGAGUGAGAACUCGAGUCCAAAAAGUGAAACCAAUAUGGAGCUGUUGAACGCAUUGAGGUUGAACGUUACUUCCAGUCCCUUUCCUGUUGUUUUUGUUUGCGCAGUUAACACGAAGCUGUAAGAAGUGUGGCAGAUUUUCGUAUUUUGACUUCGAUUUAAAGACUAAUACUAUGGUUUUAUAUAUGAACAGAGAACUUGUUUGGUGAUACGAUCUGUUAGAAAAAACUGAGUUUAGCUGGAGAAAAUGGUAUUAAAACUGUUUACGACCUUCAUAGAUAUUGGACGUCAAUUUCCUCCAUCUUGACCCCAAAGCCGGAUUUUGGUGGAAAUGGUGGGGCAGGUGGAAAAAAUUUAGGGGAGGUACAGCAGUCUAGCGGAAUGUUAUGGCUUAGAACGUGCCAUUGCCCCACACAGAGUUAACUACGUGACGUAUGCUUGUAUUGGGUACUUGAAUGGCUAACACUUUAAUUAAAUAAUUUCAAUUAUCUACUAACAUUUACUUUCAUCUAUCAUUUAACAUUUCCCAAGGAGAGGUACAUGGCUUAUCAGGGGUGGUGCAAAAAAUCUCAGGGGAUGUGCAAAACGAUUUCAGAGAAAGUGCGCAUCUCCCCACGGCUCCCCUGAAAAUCCGGCCAUGCUUGACUUCACUUUUCUCAUAUAGGCCGAAUGACUGAAGUUCUUGCUCCAGACAUAUAUAUAACUCACUGAUUUAACUUAAAUAACUGACGUCAUCGCCAGAUAAAUUUUAAUAAUUUGACUAUACUGUACCUUUAUUAAUUGAAAUUUUUUGUGCUAUUCAGGUGCUGCUGCUGGUGGGUUACUGGGAUACUUGUUUGGCGGGUAAUUAAUCAAGCUUUUUCAGUAUUUGACUAAAAUUGUGAUGUUCUUUUGGAAUCUACUUAUUGGAAAUACAGUAAUUCAUGAUUUUUGAUUGGCUAACGACCAACGUUUCGCUCGUAAUUUCCAUAUAAAAGCCCUUCCAGGCUUCCACACUUUUCGCGUUAACCCUGUGAGGAUCUCCAUCAAGGAAUCGUGUGAAUCAUGUCAACCAUGCCUUCUAUUUCUUUCAUUGCAGACGAACUAGAACUAACUAUCAUCACAAUCCCUACAACAGAGGAUGGGGUGGUGGUUGGGGUGGUGGUUGGGGUGGUGGUGGUUGGGGUUCAUCCUAUCAACAUACCCCUCAUUAUGGCAACACUGGUGGAUGGUCAUUUGGUAACUUUUUUGGUGGAAGUAGGCCAUACCGUCCUUCCAGUAAUUCUUAUGGUUUUUCUUCGUUUGGCGGGUGCUCCUCUUCAUCGUCGUCGUCACCAAGCAGCGGAUCUCGUACAGCGUCAGGUAAGGCCUGGUUCAAACUCAUUUUACAUGUGUCGAAUACAAUUCGCAUUUGAUUCGAGCGGACUGCAUGCAAAAUUCCACAUUUCAAUUAAAGCAUGAGACAUUAUCGCCUGUAUUCUAAAAGCUCACACUCAAUGAGUGGAGGUUAAAUUAAAUCUGAAUUUCUCUCGAGUGUCAGUUCUGUUUUUGAAUAGCUGGAGGGUGAGUAGUCACAUAGUAAGGUACGACACUAACCCUCCAGCUAUUCAAAAACAGGAAUGACACUCGGGAGAAUUAGCUCAGAUUGAACUUCCACUCAUUGAGUGUGAGUGUGAGUGUGAGUGAGCUUUUAGAAUACGGGCGUAAGACAUAGAAAAUCUCGUUUAUAAGAAUAUUAUAAGGUUAAAAUAGGCAGUAUGUAAAGAAUAUAAUUAGAAUAUGCCGAAGAUCGAACAUCGUUCAGGGGAAAGUAUGAAAACAUAUGAUUCGCUGUGAUGGCUCUAUUACAAACAACUGCAAAAGUACUGUACCUUAUGGUUAGUGAACUCCGAAAUUUAAGAAUCUCGUAAGAUAUUUUAAGCCUAAAUUUGUUGGGAAAAUAGAUAUAUACAAAGAUUUAUCUGUUCCUCAAGUAGGAACAGGUGACAUUUCAAUAACAUUAUAUGAAGUUUUUCGAAGCCACGCCCACAUGCAAAAUGCGACGUCUUAAACCACGUCGCACUUUGGUCGCGUUAUAUGACCGCACCGGUCGAAUUUAACGGUUACGGUCGACCGUAAUUAGAAACGUUGAAUUUUUCAUCUACAUAAUUCAAACUAUUUAAUGCGACACAUGCAAAAUGCGACGUUUGAAACGUGCCUAAGCAGCACUUGUUAAUUCUGUCCCCAUUCAAUAUGAAAAUUUCACCCGAGAAAUGUUAUGCGUGUGAAAUGCAAAUUUCAUCUAUGAAAUUCAGAAUUUUUACUUAUGAAAUUUAAACAUGUUCCUUGACAUGUGGAAGUAAGGACUCAUAUUAUGUGAAAAUUAAUUCCACACGAGAAAAUUUUCAUUUCUCAUGUGGAAAGACAGAUGUGAAAUCACGGAAAAUUGAAGAAAAGUUUUCGUGAAAACGGAUUAAUUAUGGGCAUAAACCAAACACUUUACUUACAUUGAAAAUAUCAAUUGAUUUGUUUGGCAGACUAUCUAUCUGCGGUAUAUUGAAAAUAAAUUGCAGCAAGUUACAGCAUUGAUUAAGCUUACUACAUAUAAUCGAAAUCAAAAUAAUUGAAGGACAUCCACGGAGCCUACAUUUUAGCUGCCGGUGAACGAGACAAGUUUAACAAUAAAGUUACUCUGUGAGAGCAAUUUUAACAUUUUCUCUCUAGAUGGAUUUUACGCUCCCUAUUUCGUCUCCUUUUAUUCCUCCUGUCUGACUUGAACUUUGUUUUCUGCAUGCUUUCUUCGCGGCCUUUAUUGCAAGCUUUUUACCAGGUGCAUAUCCACUGGCCCCUCCACAACCCCAUGCAUACCAGCCAGUUUUUUUGUCCCUUCUAAGAGUGAAACGUCUGCAUGACGACGGGGUAGGAAACUCUACAAAAAUUAUUUAUUUGAUUAUUGAAUUCGCCUUCUAUCAAUCAAUGUACAAAAUGUAAGCCCUGUCCCUGACAAACGAGGAUGAGACUUGAUGAGAGUUGCAAUUCUCUCAAAGCUUUCGACUCUCAAGGCAUGUUCACAUGAUUCAUAUUCUGCAUGGAGUAUGAAAAUUACUGCUAAGAAUAUAAUUCUUCUUUGUUGAGUUUAUGGAGAAAUUUAAAAUGCAAAACAAUAAAGAGACUGUAUCAUGCAUGAAUUAUACAAUGUAUCAUGCAUAAAUUAUACAAUGUAUCGUGCAUAAAUUUUUUCAAUUAUGCAUAAAUUAUACAAUUAUCAUGCAUAAAUUAUACAAUGGGCUAAUUAUGCAUUCAGUUUAGUCUGCCCAGGGUUAAUAGACCUAUUAACCGUGGUCUGCCCGGAGACAGACUUUUGCUUUUUAUCCCAAUAUAAUCAUUGGGCAAUUUCCAUUUUGGCUACUAAAACUAAAGAGGUUUUAAUUCAGUAAAAGUCACCAUAAAUCCGGAAGUAUGAAUAAGUUUAAAAUAGAAUAAAGGAUAGGAUUUAGCCGGCAGUAUGUAAAGAAAUAGGUUUACUUUGGCAAGUAAGUUUUAUAAUAUAAGAACCAGAGGAAAACUUAGUAUCAGUUGAAACAUUCAAAAGAUGCAAAGUUUGUCUUCAGAUUGGGUCUUAUCUUCGUAGCAAACAACCCACAGGAUUAAACAAAACACAGAAGUAAAACUGAUCGGUUAAAAAGACGUUAUACCCUUUAUAGAAAUUAAGAAAGUUAAAAAUUUUGAUAUGAAAUUUAUAUGUUGUGGGAGCUCCUUGUGCUUCUAAAAUAAUUUUUUCGUGCAUGAAAUUACUAUAUAUAUGUACCAACCAAAUGCAUUUUAGCGAGCUUUCGAGCAAGCGACUUUUUUGUCAACGCGAACGUCACCCGAAAAUUGAUGUAACUAAUUUUGGGGCAUUUUGCAUCAUAACGAUCGUACAAGCAAAAACUUUAAAAUCUUAUGGUUUGUCAUAUGUGUUGAAAAUGACCACAAACUGAUAUACAAAUCCAGGGUGCAUUUUAAGUGCAAUACGCCGAAGAUCUUCGGCGUGAGUUUGCCAAAUUACAAUACUAUAUCUAUAGUUAAUAUUGGCGUAUCUUCGGCGUAGAGUUCACAUGGAAUGAACUCUGGCUAUACAAACACAGUUUUUAAUCCCGCCCCCCCCCCCCGGCAAUCUGACACGCGUGUUGAAAAAAACGUCGUUGUUUGCUUAAGCUCGCCAUUAAACCAGCGAGGUAUAGCGGUAGUGGAAGUCAAAUUUCAACCUCUCUAGUGACGCGCGCAUUUUACUAGAAUUAUCUGACCAAUCGUAGAAUCGACCUGAAUUCUGUAUUUUAUUAUCACAAUUUGGAUACUUUAUUCACAUCCUUACCUGCUAAACACAGUAGAAGGCAUACCAAUAUCACCUUUGUUAAUAAUUGUGCCAUGCUCUGUAAGGCUCAAGAAUACUGAGAACUGCGAUGAUUCACUUAGACUGCUAUAUAAAAGUAAAUUUGACUGAUUGGUUGUCUGUCUGAAGCGACAUUUUUAUGCGUCUUAUAUUACGUCAUUAGCCAUCUUCUGGACUCUUCGCUGUUCCUGCGGUAGUAGAUGCUUCAAAUUCUGAAGAAACCGCAACGUUUCGAACAAAGAUCAAAAGGGGACGAAAGGAAAUAGUUACUCCAUGAGACCGUUCUACCCAAUCCAAACUACCUUUGAUAUUUGUUGAAAAUAGCAACAAUUAAAGCUUGAAAGACUCCUUUCUUUCUGAAAAAACUUGAGAAUGAGCAACAACAAACACUGAAUCAGUGUUCUGUGAGAAAAGUAGAAAACUAUCACAAAGCGGCAUAUUCUACAACCAUGAGUUUCGCCAAGGUUGCCACUACAGCCUGUUUCAUUCAACGAAGAAAUGUGGCUGGCAAUUUUCGUGUGUGUUGCUUAAUCAAACUAUGGUUGUGGUCAAUAAUUGAGCGGGUGGGAGUUGGGACGUCAUUGCGUGCAUUCCUUGAACGCCCAUCCGCUCACGUUUCGCCCACAACCGUUGAAAAGCAGCUCACUUUUCUCAAUUUGUUAUCCACUAGAAAAUUCCUUUGUUUGGUUCAAAUAGGGAAACCUUGGGGUAAGCGAAACUAUAUAGCUAUAUUUGCUCUAUAUCUAUAUGAUAUUGAUGAAGGACAACUUGAAUCGACCGCCAGAGAAUAUAUUUAAUUCCGGUUCGCUUAGGUAUUUCCCCAUUCUUAAAUUGGUAAGCAUGCAAGGUGCUUGCUUACUUCAUUGAUUCGUUGAUCAGCUUUUCCGGCUAAGAGAAUAAUAAUCAACAUAGACGGCAAUGAUGAAUAUCUCUUCAAAUUCUUCAUUCACGUAAAUGCAUGGAUCGAUAUCACUCAUGUUUUGGACAAUGUACAUUUUCGUCAAUUUGCUGUCAAGAACAGAGAUGCAACAACGUGGGGAUUGUUUGAGUGAGACUAUAAAUGCUUCGAUGUAUCCUGCAGACUAUAGAUGGGUGUUCGUUUUAGGAAACACGCAACCGGUUUCAAACAAAGAUGAAAAGGGGACGGAAGGAACUGGUGGUCACUCCAGCACUAAUUAGAUUCCUCUACCCAAUGUGAACAGUAUUUGAGUCUGUCGAAAUAACAACAAUUAAUACACAAAGACUCUUUUCUUUAUGAAAAUGAGUAACAACAAACACUGAUCACUUGACCAUAAGAGAACAACUUGAAUCGAGAGUUCCCUUCAUUAUAAGCAAUUUCCUCCCGCACAAUAUUGACUGCGCAUUGGCAAAAUUAGCUGGUCUAUAGGAACAAAUAAACAUAAAAAGCUGGGUAGAGAUAGUACCUAUAUAGUAGGGUAGAGAUAGAACCUAGGGCUGUCAUGUUAUGUAUGUGAUGAUGGGCUAGCCCAGGUAAUUGCGGUGGCUAUAAUCGUACAACAGCUUCAAGGCCUCAAUUCCUUAAAUGAUAGAAUUAUUUGUUUUAGAUUAUGUGUGUAUUAGAUUAUUUGUUUUAGAUUAUUGCAUGCGUGUAUAAACAUUAAUAAUCAAGCCAUGAAGAAAAAUUAAGGUACUUGGUUUUCGCCAUCUUUCAAAAUAAUUCUUUUAUUUUAAAACUGAUUUGAAUUGGUUGAAAAUAAUUUUACUAAAGUUUAUAUGACAAUUAAUACUUUAUAAAAUUGUCCUCUCGGCAAAGUUUACGAGCACAAUUUCAUAACAUAUGAAACGUCUUUUCGCGUUUAAAGCCAUUCCGAGACCCAUUUGAUGUCUUCGCCUUCUUGGUCGCUUCCCUCUUAAUAAAUCUCAGUUAUCCGCAUGUUUCCCUUGCAUUCCCUUUUGCAGUAGCUUUAUCAGGAGAAAAUCCUUGGGUGGCAGGAGCGUCUUUACACCUCCACAUAUACCAGCCAGUUAAACGGCUUUGUUUAAGAUCAUAUGGUCUUCUAAAUAGCCAACUUGAUGACGGACAAGGAAACUCUUUAAAUGAAUAAAGAAAAUUAAAAAUGUAGUUAACACGAAGCUGCCUUCACUUUUUGGACCCGAGUUCUCGCUCCAGAUAUAUAUAUAUAUAUAUAUAUAUAUAUAUAUAUAUGGAGCUCACUGUUCUGACAUAGAGCCAAUGUUAAUAUGUUAUCUAUAUAUAAAGAGUACUGUAGCCCAGGGCUCGAAUUUUAUCGCGGCAAUUGCCGUAGAGAGAGAACAUGCUGUGGAUCAUUGCGACAACGACGGCAAUUUUUUGCCGUAUAGUUCAAUUUUUAUACUAUUCACUGUGCAUUACUACUUUGGUAUUUGAAUUCAGAUGUUGAUCAAAUCAUGCGUAAAUCACUAAUUUAGACUCGGUUUUCUUCGAACUAAAAACACUAAAGAAAUACGUAGACACGUUUCUAGCUUGUCAAAAAUCCAAAAGUAACAAUAAAAUUAAAGUUUUAUUAUAGUAAUUUGAAAAAUGCCGUGGUAACUGCCAAAAUUGCCGUAGACAGCUGUUACGUUCUACGGCAAUUUUUAACGCCAUUGCCGCGUCGAUUGAUUUUAGGGAAAUUCGAGGCCUGCUGUAGCCCCAGGGAAAUUGUAAGCAUGGCCCGUGGUUAAUACUGUGCCGACAUAUUCGAUCAUUUCAUUUCUAAAGGGCCGACUACAUGGAGCAUUUUCAACUCCGGGGAUGAACUCAGCCCUGUUGACCGGAUUGAAAUUUCAACCCUGUCCGCAAUACAAAACUCUAUCAAAAUCAAACGCGCGAUUACAUGACAAAAUUUUCAACCCAGGGCCGAGUUCAACCCCGGGGUUCAAAUUUCAACCCUGGGUUGAAUUCAGCCAUGUAAUCGUAAUGUCAUGUAAUCGUUUCAGCCCGGGGCUGAAAUUAUUCGAGCAUGCGUGGUAGUGCCUAUUUAUUACAAGAAAACAAAAUGGAGGCUAUAUGGAGCAGCUUUUUUUUUACUUCCGGGAAUCAAUGUUGGGAGCGUAUAGCAUUUCAACCCCCGGGUUGAAAAUAAUCGUCCAUGUAAUCGCAAAAAAUUUCAACCCGGUUAGCAGGGCUUAGUUUCAACCCCGGGGUUGAAAAAGUGCUCCAUGUAAUCGUCCCCUAAUUCUGUCAUUUUUCAUCCCUUAAGAGUACGGAAUGUAAAUAAUGUGUUGGCCAAGAGUAGAAUACGGUCAUGCAUGUGUCUGCAACUACGUUUAGGUAACUUGCUUCUGUACCUGAAGUUGCGUAAAAGAAGCGCACUCGCAGUUUCGGCGACAAACACUAAAGGUAUCCAACGACAAAAAUACAAACACGUUAAUUUUGGUCGUCUCGCUUUAGAAAAUUUAUUCUGUAGUUCAUUUCACGUAUAUAGUGUAUUUAAAGAAAGAACAGAGUUUCUGUGUGCGUUUUGUAAACAAAAUUGCUAAAUAUCAUUCCUAAAUUUUCAUCAGACAGUCUAGAAUGACAAUUUCAUAAUUUUAUAUACGACCCAAAUUCUAAUAUACAUACAAUACAGGUAACUGUAUGGUAAUCAUGAAUAAGAAUCUUACCUGCCAAACAGAGCAAAAGACAUAACACUAUCACUUUAGUCGAUAUUUUUGCCAUGCUAUAUAUAUGAGUUCGAAGCUUCUACCAGAACUGUGACAGUUCAAUUCAAUAACACUGAAACCACAGAAUGAAUGCAACUAUGUAUGAUCUGACCUUUUUAUGCUAUCUAUAUUACGUCAUUAACACCCGUCGACAAAAACUGAUUUCCUCUUUCCGCAAGCUGGUUAAAGUACUAGGUUUUUCUGAACAAAAAUUUAAAUCCCCUCAUUUCCGGGAGACCAAUGGCAGUAGAGGUUUGGAGCUUUGCUAGAUCGUGCAAAUGUGCAAUUCAUGCCUCGUGAUAUUUGCACAUUAUCAUAAUUGUAUCAUAAAUUUCGUAGUUUAAUUAAUAAUAAGGAAAUCGUGUUUAUAUUUAUUAAAUUAGUCAAACUAAGAUUAUUUUGCCUCAUUUCAAGUUUGAGUUGGUAAAUGCUGAAUCAUGUCAAUAUAUAUAUCCUGCUUCCGUAUCGUUCUGUUUUCUGACGUAAAUCUUGGUUUACUUUUCAUUUCCUUUAAUAAUAUCGCUGUUUACACAUGCAUGACGUCAAUGCGUCUCACUAAGCGCCAUUUUGUGGUUGAUAUUGAAGGAAAUAUUGAAGGAAAUUUUAAAAAAUUUACUUCGUCUCAUUUGAAAGAACUUUGAAAACUAUAUGUAAAACUCAUCUGCCGAUUUUUGACCCAAAAAACCUUCGGUUAAUUUCUUGUUUGGUUUUAAUGACGUCAAAAGCAGGGUUAGCGGUUAAAAUUAUACCUCGUUGACCAAAUAACAAUUAUUAGUUUAAUCGAUGUGUGGACUUAUUAUGAUUAUGACCAUCAUAAAAAAUUCGCGUGACCCUGCAUGCUUGCGACAGUUCACUGAUUUACGAUCAUUUCAGGAAAAAUAUUUCAACUUGAAAACGAUGUAAAAGUGCUUUCCACGUAAAUUUAAGAUUUCAAAUUUAUUGUCACACAAUCUAUUUAAUGUGUGCGUUAGCCGUUAUACAGUAAAGUUGCUGAGUUAUUUUGGUUUGUUUUAGAAACAUCGCGCAUGAAUAGUGAAAUAUAAAUCUUCGCUCAAAAUAAGGAUAUCGACUAUAGUCUAUACUACAUUAUUUUAAACCUUAAAGUCAAAUUGAAGUCGAAAGAAUGCGUUUUUUUCUAGAGAUUUGUUGCGUAUAAAAACACACUGCACAUAUAAUAAGGAAAUCACAUUUUUUGCUUCAACUCGAAAUUUCGGUGCCAAACCAGGCCCAAACGAAAUUUGGCAUCGCUUAAUAUUCGCUGCGUGAGUUUGUUAAGGCGGAUUUCCAGUCCUCGCACGAAGCUCGCUGCGAGUGAUGCAUGAGCACUUUCAUCCAAUCAAAAUGCUAAACAGUUAAUUUAAUUUUAAUUAGAUGCAAGCACUCGCUGCAAGGAGCUUAGACUUGCUCGAAGUCUCUCUUUCAUUGUCAUAUCGAUCCACUAUAGUGUAAGUUACAUGACGUUGCACGGAGAGGCGGGGCGAGAAAGAGAGACUUGUCAACUUCGGAAAAUCUCGGUUCAAAACUGAACCGAAAAUGCAAGACUUGCUUUAAUUCUUUUCCUUCAAUUUCUUUCUGUAUUAUUUACUAUAAUGGAACUCAUGUUAUUUACACUGUGCUAGAUCAAUACAUAUAAACACUGACAGAAAACAAUUAAAGCAAAUCUUGUAUUUUCGGUUCAGUUUUGAACCGAGAUUUUCCGAAGUUGACAAGUCUCUCUUUCUCGCUCCGCCCCUCCGUACUACGUCAUGUAAUGUACACUAUAGUGGAUCGAUGCUAUAUGACAAUGAAAGAGAGACUUGGAGCAAGUCUACGAGGAGCUUCGUGCGAGGACUGGAAAUCCGCCUUUAGUCUGUUAAUUAAGUCGCAUUCCGCGACUGUCAAACCUUUAUUUUUUUAAUUAAUCUAGAACUUUAUGACUGUUUUCCGGCCCGUAUAAACAAUUCAAGACUUCCAACUCUCAUCAACUCUAAUGCUCGUUUCAGUCUGGGCUGUAUGUAGUUUGUUAACAAGAUUUUGGGGGGAAUUGAAGGGUAUUGUACUGUAGAUGAAAGUUUCGAUUGUAAAUGUUAUAGCUACAUUUAUUUAGACUAACCUGGAGCAGCUGUGAAAAUAGACUUGCUCCAAGUAUCUCUUUCAUUGUCAUAUAGUAUCGAUCCACUAUAGUGUACAUUACAUGACGUAGCACGGAGAGGCGGAGCUAGAAAGAGAGACUUGUCAACUUCGGAAAAUCUCGGUAAAUGCAAGACUUGCUUUAAUUGUUUUCUGUCAGUGUUUAUAUGUAUUGAUCUAGCACAGUGUAAAUAACACGAGUUCCAUUAUAGUAAAUAAUACAGAAAGAAAUUGAAGGCAAACAAUUAAACCAAGUCUUGAAUUUUCGGUUCAGUUUUGAACCGAGAUUUUCCGAAGUUGACAAGUCUCUCUUUCUCGCUCCGCCUCUCCGUGCUACGUCAUGUAAUGUACACUAUAGUGGGUCGAUAUGACAAUGAAAGAGAGACUUGGAGCAAGUCUACUGUGAAAAAUGCAACUAUAUAUAUGCUCUCAGACAGGAAUCGAACAUGCGACCCUGCAUGCGAUGACAACUGGACUCUGUAGCUCAGUUGGUUGGAGCCAGGGCGCUUAUAUAUACAUCUAAUUCAAAAAAGGUUGUCCUUUGCAAAACUUUAACUCUAAGCGUGCAAAGCAUAAUGGAGCAUCUUUUAAUCUGUUUAGAAAUCAUAUAUGGGGCCCAUUUCUUAGACACAUGGGAAAUAUCUCCUUAUACGAGAACAAUUCAUUCACAAGUAUAGCGGCGAUAUUCAACAAUACUAAGCUUGAAACCUAUUAAGCUUUGCGCGCUUAGAGUUUAAGGUUUAUGGCUUAGAGUUUAAGACUUUGCAAAGGACUUUUUUUUAAUUGGCUGUAUAAGCGCCCUAGCUGGCUAGAGCUGCACCUGUAUCGCAGGGCCGCAAGUUCCUCCCAUAGGUUCUAUAUUUCCUCGCAUUUUUCACUUGCAACAAAAUCUGAUUUCAACGCAUGUUAACUAGAAAUGUCGACACAUGUUGCCUUGUGAUUUGUAAUUUAUGUGUAAACAUUUUCACUUAACAUGCGUUGAAAUCAGAUUUUGUUGCAAGUUGCAGCAAUUUUGUUGCUCGUGUAACUCGAUCCAGUCUAAAUAAUUGUAUAAAAUUUACACUCUAAAAUUCCAUCUCCAAAACUUAACCCUUCCAUGUUUGUUAGUUUUUUUGGAAUAAUAAGCCUUAGUAUUUAUUCAAAAAUAGUAUACGUCUUGCACCGCACUGUACUAUGUCUGGUUUUAAUAUUGUACACUCAUCGUAUUUAUAUCGGUUCGUUUAGGAAUGGGUGGAACUUCAAGGCGAUGAUUUAUCUAAAAGAGCUGCAUCAAUAAACAUUG